UUCAACAUCUUUUGUCUAACCAAGAGUCCAAAAAUCUAAGAUAUUCUGUUUUCCCGUAAUGUCAAGAGUUAGUAAAACUGCAAGUUCUCACAUUUUAGGAGUUGGAACCAUCAAAUGUUUAGCAUUUUUUUUGCUCAAAAGAUUACUUAAAAGAUUCAUCGAUUAUUAAAAUAGUUGCUUAAAUGUUCUGUUGAUCAACUUAUAGUUGCAGCUCUAGUUCAGAUCAGUGUGGAGUUUAGCCUAGCUCAUUUAAAUUAAGUCUAAUUUAAUUCUUUCAUCACUGUACAGUUUUAGUUCAUUCUAUUUUUCAGAUUAUUUCAUUCAAUAUAUUUUUUAAAGUCCUCUGUUUGGGGUGGCCUCUAGCUCACCUAGUAAGAGCGUGCGCCCCAUGUAGGCCUUGGCCUGGGUUCGAAUCCAACCUGUACCCCUUUACUGUGUCGUCCCAUCUCUUUCCUGUCUAUCCACUGUCAUUACAGAAUCAAAGGAAAACCCCCAGACAAUAAUCUUAAAGAAAAGAAAGCCCUAUGUUAAAAAAGUUUGGGAUUUUUCAGAAAACAAAACCUUUUUGUAUCCUGAUGUUGACAAAGAUUACUUCUUCUGAUAUAAUGAAGGUUACUGUGACAAGAUAAAAACGUAUUGUUCAGUAUAGAAAUUGGGCUGCGUUGCCAUUUUGAGCUGAAGAUAAAGUGUUUGCUGCCUCUUGCAAAAGUGUAAAGUGUUGACGUGUUACAAGUUGACUUUUUGGCAUGAAGAUUAUGGUUUGUUGGCAGGAUAUCUCAUAAACCACUAAACAGUUUUCAGUGAAAUGUGGUGGCAAGUUGUAAGCAAAAGAGUUCAUUUGUGGUGGAGAUUUCAGAUAUUAAAAUGUGAAAAGAAUAAUGUAGGUUAAAAGUUAAGACUUUGCUGGCAUGAAUUUUCUGCGAAAAUCCAUCCAUCUCUUUUUCUCCCUGUGUGUUCUCUGCCGAUGCUGUAUUCUGGCUCAGGUAUUUCUCACCCUGUUGAGGCACAGAGAUAGACGACAAGAAGAAGAAGAAGAAAAAAAGUCGGAGAGGAUCCCGUCAGUGCCUGGGAACCUGAGGGAUCCUGGAGAGACAGAGAGGGGACAGAGACAGGACAGGGGGAACCAUCGGGGUGAUAAUUCUGUGAGGAGAGCUGCUCAGGGAAAGCUAAAUCAGGUCGUUUCUUUAUCCUCGUCUGUAUCCUGAAAGAGUCCUGUGCAGGAUCUGGUCUGGUCUGAGGGGACUGCAGCACCAUGGGAGCCUCCAGCGACAAGGCGUCUCUCCUCUCAGGGCUGCUUGUGUUCUUGCUCUGUGUCGUCUCUUCUCUCUGCCAGGAUGAAUAUUCUGGAUACCACUCAGGUGAGGAACACACCUAUGAAGGCUCCAUGGUCGACCGCUUCGACAACUCAGCCUCUCCUCAACCAGAGUAUCCACCUGAGCCGACUCACAGCUACGACGAGGACCAACGGCCCGAGGAGGAGGACUACGACCCGUACGGCGCUGAACCCACACAGGUCACCAUGAUGACCGAGGACGCCUUCCCCUACGCCACCACUGCCGAGUCCCACUACGCCAAAGAAGACACAGAGACCAUGCAGGUCCCAUAUAAGUAUCGUCCAGCGAGACCAGACACCGACUCCUCCUCGGAGGAGGAGUCCGGGGGCGACGCAGCGCUUGGGGAGGAGGGGCCGACGGAGUGCGACUGUGAACCCGGACAGCCUGGAUUCGCUGGCUUCGCAGGACCAAAGGGAUCCAGAGGUCUGCAGGGUAAAACUGGUGAGCCAGGAGUUCAGGGCAGAGAGGGUUAUAAAGGAACCAAAGGGGUUCGGGGAAAAGGAGGAGACACGGGACCAGUGGGCGACGCCGGACCUGAGGGAGAUGACGGAGCUUCUGGUUUCUCUGGAGCCAUGGGAGAACCCGGACUUAUAGGAGACCCAGGCGAGCAUGGAGAGUUUGGUCUGAAGGGUGACGCCGGGAUGGAGGGACCCCGCGGAGGAGUCGGAGGUCCGGGUGAGACUGGCCCUCGUGGUGACGUUGGGUCUUCAGGACCAAAGGGCGGUAAAGGCAUAAAGGGGUCUCUCGGUGAUGAAGGCAAAGAGGGGGCUCAGGGACGAGACGGACAGAAGGGUCAGAUCGGCGCUCCCGGGUUUCCAGGCGACGUCGGCGACAGGGGAUACACUGGUUAUCCUGGACAGCAGGGACCCAUCGGACCCACUGGACCAAAGGGCACUCAAGGUCUAGGUGGCCUGCCGGGCAGCGACGGUGACCCCGGAGAAGAUGGUCCUAUAGGAGUCCCGGGUGUAAUGGGAGACCCUGGACUGUUUGGAGCCAAGGGCCAGAAGGGGGAUCGGGGUGUGAAAGGACCCCGAGGCCGAGUGGGCACUGUGGGAGCUGGAGGAGAGCAAGGAGAUGCCGGAGUACCAGGGAAACUAGGACCCAAGGGCCUGCAGGGCCAUCCUGGGGCCAAAGGUGAGACAGGACCUGAUGGUGACAAGGGCGCGGCAGGAAAGAAGGGCAUUAAAGGUGUGAAAGGACAAAAGGGCGGCAGGGGAGACCUUGGAGACAAAGGACAGCAUGGUCCCAAAGGUGCAGUCGGUCGUACUGGCGGUCCCGGCCCCGAGGGACCGCCCGGCAUCCCGGGUACCAGAGGAGAGCGCGGUGCGAUCGGGGACCUCGGUGUUAAAGGCAAAGCAGGACCCAAAGGUGUUCCAGGUCCCACUGGUCCUGGUCUGACUGAUGAGCAGGUCCUGCAGCUCUGCAGGGGCGUAGUCACGGCCCAGAUCUCUCAGUAUGCCUCCUCCAUCCGGGCCAAGUGCUCCCAGGGCUGCCCCGUCAACAACCGGACCCUCAUCGGGCCUCCGGGGGGCCCUGGGCCGACGGGGUCACUGGGCAAACCUGGUAAACCAGGAAAAGCCGGAGCAAAAGGAGCCCGAGGACCUCAAGGAGACCGCGGACUGGAGGGACAGAAAGGAGCGCAGGGUGACCAAGGUAAAAAGGGACCUAAAGGCCUCGCAGGUGAUCCAGGUGAAGGUCUGGCGGGACCUGACGGGCCACAAGGCGCCAGAGGUCUGCCAGGUCACCCAGCAGAACCCAAAGAUGGCAUGGAGGGUCCCAGAGGUCCCCGUGGCUUCCCUGGUCCAGUUGGUCAGACCGGCAUGCUCGGGAACGCAGGCGUGCCAGGAUUUUGCGAGGCGCGGGACUGCAGCAUCCAUGCGCCGGUGACGCGCAAAGAGCAGGGUCUGGUGAAAGGACCCGUAAGUUCAAAAAUGUGAACCUGAACGCGAGCGACGAGCACCGCUGUGAGAUUAUAGAGCGUCUGAAAUUCCCCUGGUGGCAACUUUAAGGUUCGUCUCAUUGAAUAAGAUUAAGACAAUAGUUUGUUUAAAAGAUGCGAAUGAUCCUCUCGUUCAUCGCAAAUGUCAGGGGACCAAGUGUAGUACCCUGGGGCGCUCCGCUGGUGGGCAGGUUUGGUAAGAAACAGGAAACAGAGCAGGAAUGAAACCAGAAAAGACUUUUCCAUCUGAGCCAGACGAAGAUUUUAGAGGUUUUUAUAUACUCUAUAAAGAUCCAAACACUGUUACAGCGUUGGACAGGAACAAUGACGUCUGAGGGGGUUUGUUUAGUUUGAUAAAGACACCAAAUUAUUCCCCACCGAUUCCUUCCUCCCUUCUGUUUAUUUUUUAUUUUUUCCUGGAUCCCUAAAGUCAGUUUUGUUGUUUAAAAAUAAACAAAAAUAAAAAUAAAAAAAGCUAUGUAAAUAUUUUGUAAAGUAUCUCAAAUACAUGUACUGUGCUCUGGAAUAUGUUUCAGAUAAACUGUCUGAUGUUUUUUUAAUCUGAGUCUUCAGUUUGUCAGUCGCCGCAUGUUUAAAUGUUGUGCUUUUAUUUCUGACAAAAAAAGUAUUCCAGAAAAGAUAAAUCACAGAAAUGUCUCGGUUCCAGACUUUUUUUCUUCUUCCAGAUUACUUUUUAGCAAUUCAACCAGAAAUGAAAAACUAAACAACAAUUCAUUGUGAUUAUCAGGCUUUUACAGUAAAGCACUAAUCUGA